GAUCAUUGUGGUGUUCCCCUGACUGAUGUCUAGUCGAAGUAGAUGUACAUCAUGAAUAACUGUAGUUCAUUGAUUGUGAGAAAUGUGGAUGGUCGUCUUUGAGAUGAUUUGUUUGUUUACAACAAGUACAUUUACAUUACAUUUGUGUAAUGUACCUCAAGUGUGUUACUAAGCCGACCCCAGCAGCUUCCCUGUCACUGAAACAUUCACUAAGCAGUUGAACAGUUUCUGGAGUCUGGGCAUGGAUCGCUGCCUCCAGGACACACACUUACCUUGUCCAUUGACAUCAAAUCUAUGUUGUGUCCUCUGCGCAUUCCAACCAGGACAUGCUUAACUGGUAAUUCGGUUCUGCUUCAGUCACUCUACCCGUCUCCCCAGACAUACACGGUGAAGGGGUCAGUUAGCUCUAGGUGUACACUGUGGCGUGCUGCCGGUCUUCUACUUCCUUGUCUCUUUAAGACACCGUUGUGCUGGUCCAUGGAAGACGCGCAGGGAUACUGUAGACAAUGAAGCAGGGAGGGCUACUGAUCUCACACCUCCUGGCGCUGUGUCACAUCUGUCUGACUGAAGUCACUCUACCCGUCUCCCAAGACAUACACGGUGAAGGGGUCAGUUAGCUCUAGGUGUACACUGUGGCGUGCUGCCGGUCUUCUACUUCCUUGUCUCUUUAAGACACCGUUGUGCUGGUCCAUGGAAGACGCGCAGGGAUACUGUCGACAAUGAAGCAGGGAGGGCUACUGUUCUCACACCUCCUGGCACUGUGUCACAUCUGUCUGACCCAAGGUUUUCCAAACAACACCCUCUUCUGGUGUGAUGGUAACAACCUUUUGUAUAUCAACAACACUCUCGGCUGGCUCUCCGGGGAUACAUCCAUCGACCUUCAGAAGGUGACUUUCCGAGACACUGACCUUGCCUCAGCAUCCUUUCUGUUCAGAAACAACUAUCUGCUGUUCGGCGAGAAGGGCACCGGGACUAUCUUCCUGUUCGACGACGAGCCGCCAAGAGCUGUUGCUACAUAUGCCCAUGUCGGCACGUCCCAUGGAAUAGGAGAACUUGCCGUUGAUUGGUUGAAUUUCAAUGUGUACUGGUGUGACAGUGUCUAUUCGUGGAUUGGCUUACAGGCCCUACCACGUGACCCGAGCAGGAUAAGUUUCAAUGAUAAACAGAGGAUUAUUGUGGAGAAGUCGCUGGAGAAGCCGUAUGGUAUUGCCGUGGCCCCUAAACUAAGAUUUAUUUUCUGGACGGACCAUGGAAGCAAACCCCGGAUAGAACGCGCGACUCUGCAGGGCAGAGGGAGACGGCCGCUCAUCUGGACGGGGCUGCAGCGUCCCAUGGCCAUCACCGUCGACCCCGAAACCGACAUGCUGUUCUGGAUCGACCAUGCACGUGCCACCCUGGAGACGUGCAAUUUUGAGGGUGAAGGCCGUCGGGUGAUACUACAACGUGUUGGCUUCAGUCUGACGAGUGUGACAGUGUUCCAGGGGCAUCUCGUGUUUACGGAAGCCAAUAAUAGAUCCAUCAAUGUUGUCAACAAGAACUCGGGCGUGACGUCAGCACGUCAGUUGGUCUUGCCGGCAGUACCUGUAGGUGUGGCGGUGUUUUCGCAGUCCCUGCAGCCAUUUACACAAAGCGACUGUGACAGCCGGGGGUGCAGCCAUAUUUGCAUUGAUGAACCUAGUGGCGCCACCUGCCUGUGUGAAGGGGGCUUCACUCUACAAGCUGAUCAGAAGACAUGCACAGGAAGCACAUCCACGACGCUAUGGAAGGGCAUCAUCUACUCCAACCGCACCAACAUCUGCUCCAUCCCCGUCACCACAAUCAACAGCCAUCCCUACGUCACCGCAGAGGUCACGUGUUUUGCUUCCGGGGUCAACAUCACCUUCAUGGCGCCGGACGUCAGGUCGUCGGCCAUAUACUACUCCUCGGGGAAAUCUGUUCUGAAACAGAUCAUUGGUGGAACAGUUUCCCUCGUCACAACAACGACCAAUGAGAUCACUGGUUUGGUAUUGGACUACACGUCGAACACCGUCAUCUGGUCGGAGAAGCGUGGAGGCGCCAUCAUGGCGCUGGGAACAACCGCCAACUCAAGUUCAAGGACGUUGUUCGGAGGGUUGGCGUCCCCAGCAGACCUCACCCUCAACUCGAAGGACCGCACUCUCUACUGGAUAUCUGCCUCUCUCCCGGCCCGGAUUAUGAAGGGGGGCGUGGAAGGGGGUGCGGCAUCGGAGUUGGUCGGGGCUGACCUCAGACAACCAGUCCGGCUCACGUUUGACCGUCACAUGAACAGAUUGUACUGGACCGAGGGCGGUCGGGUGGGGACGAUCAGUGCGGACGGCAGCGGGAAGCGAGCCUACCCCUCCGACGUUCUAGCCACAUACACUGGGGUGGCGGUGUUCAAGAACUACCUCCUGUGGGCGGCCAUCUUCUCCAGUGAAGUGAAGAUAAAUGUGUCGGUUAUCAACGGGGAUAGUCUCGAGCGAAGCACACCCUUCAACGUCCCCGGGAUGACCUUCGUGACGGACAUCGUGGCCUACGACAUCGACGACAAUCCUUCUGUAAUAAACGUCUGCGACGUUGACAACGGCGGCUGUGAUCAGCUCUGUCUUCCGGUACAGGACACCGUCAAGUGCUACUGCAACUUUGGCUUCAGGCUACAGUCGGAUCAGAAGACGUGUCGCUCAAAUGUUGUUCGGAAGGACUUCUUCCUGGUGUUGGACGAGACAACCAUGGGUAUCCAUCAAGUAGUCGAGGCAGGUGGCGCCGUGCAUGCCGUCCCCGUUCUCAAGGACAACAACCCCAGUGUCGUCACGUUCGACGUGAGGCUUGGGAAGGUAGUGUGGUAUGACGCGACGAGACACAUCAUCAAGAAGGCAAAUUUGGACGGCACAGAUGAAAACACUGUCCUAAGUACCGAAACGCUGAUUGUGAAGGACAUGGUGAUUGACCCCUCCACAAGUAACAUCUUCUACACUGUGUCGUCCCCUCUCGGCGGCGGGGCAGUAUACGUCGUCACCCACGACGGCGCGACGACUAGGACCCUUAGAACCACCACGCAGAUCCCCGGGGCACUAACUCUCUACCCCCGAUCAGGACUGCUUGUGUGGGUCGAGGGAACUGAGAUCAAAAUGGCAGACAUGAGUGGAAGCGGCGUAUCGACUUUGAGUUCAUCAGACCUCACGUACGUCAGCGACCUUAAGAUCGACCCUGACGGAACAACGUUGUACAUAGCUGACUCUGACGGAGACAAGAUACAAAGUAUGAACCUGCAGACUCGAUCACUGAAGGAACUACGCAAGAACAACCAGGAGUUCCCCGUGGCCCUGGCGGUAAGGGGAGACAACCUGUACUACAUCGCCAGAUCUGGGAGGAGUAUAAAAGCUAUUGACAAGGCUACUGGAGCUGAAAGAUCUCCCGCGACUAAUGCUGCGGAGUUUGGUCACCUCAUCGCUCUGUACGACUACAACGACGACACCCGCCUGGUAAACAACAGGUGUCUGGCCAGUAACAGCGACUGUAGUACUCUAUGUCUGCCUACAACUUCCGAUAGGGUGUGCGCAUGUCCAGACGGAACUGACUUGAAAGACGACAGGAAGACCUGUGACGGAGCCACCGUGUGUCCUACGUCCAUGACGAAUGGAGCACUGACACAAGGCUGUAGCCCAUAUCCGCGCAGGGUGUGCAGCUAUACGUGUAGUGACGGAUACAGGUCUGCCCUCUCCUCUCGGAUCUCAUGCAUGGCUAGCGGACAGUGGAAUGUUUCACAGGAGCUGCUCUGUGCAGAAGUAACAACCCAGCCGUCGUCUUCCAACACAAGUGCUAUCAUCGGCGGGUGCGUUGCAGCAGUUGCUGUUGUCAUCAUCAUCCUCGCUGUCAUCAUCUACAUCAGAAGGCGUAGAAUUGACAAUAGAAGGCAUCCGUCGCUCUCCGCCACGUGUUCCACGGACCCCAUCAUCACAGUGACCAAACCAGAUGAAGUAUAUGAUGAGAUUGGUUCUUCCGACGAGACAGCAAAUAGAUAUAUUUCCUUUCGAAAAAUCAGCCCUAAUCCUCAAAGAAAAAACUUUGCUGAUGGUUCUGAGAUCGCGAACCCCAUGUACGGCACAGGCAACCGCUUGCCCGUCCCCAUGCCACGCCCCGCGUCCAGCUUCACCCCCAACACGAGGAGGAGGAUGAUGAACAACGAGUCCCCUGUCCCCGACUACGACACCCCCCAGUCCGAGGCUGCCUCCUACCUUGACCUCACGAAUUAUCAAGAGACGGGACCGACGGCGACCUAUCUCUCCUGUUGUCCUGGAGAUGACCGCUGAUCAAAAAGUUUAGAACAAUCUGACAAUUGAAUCUGCGGAUCCUGCAUAUCCGUGCAGGGAAUAGCAUCAGCAAGGUGUACACAGAAUGUUUGGGUCGACAUGACCCAGAGACGGAUGCAUGUAGAGCACGCAGUCCACGUGCACCACGUCACCCCACCGCCAUUUUGUCGACCGUAUCAAUAUUUAGACAUCCAGCUUUUAAUUCUAUAUCAUUCCAGUAUAUAUUUAUCCCUGUUCAGUAAUUCUUCCGUUUGCUAUGGGAACACCAACUGAGCGCCCCUAUCGGCGGUGAGGUGUUCGUUAGUUUGGUUACUAGUGAUCAUGUAACGUCAGUCUUGGUACAAGACGUUGUGGCCAUUAUGAACACAGAGUGUACAGUUGAACACGGUUACUCCGAACAUAUGUAUCAUGUAUUUACGCUUAUGGCAAACUAAAUAGUGUCUUUUAAGAUGAUGAUGUAAUUUACUUCUGUAUCAAGCAAAUGUCGAUGUUAUCUUUGUACGUGUAAAUAUCUUGUAAACUAACGGAUUACAAAAUAUUACAUAACUUAAAAAAAACAAAUCCUCCCAUGACAAGUACUUAUUUCAUUCUGAACAUGCUGGUAGUUGGUUAAGGCACAAUAGUGUCUGGUAACAAUAUCAACUCCAUUGGAAAGAGAAAGUGGGGGAAUGAUGAGAAUCUUGUAACAAACAUAACGUUACUUUGUAGUCAGUGUAAAAAAAUUCUGUUUGUCGGGGUGUUUUGAAUAUGUUUGACGUCCUUCAAUCUAUCACCAACUUAAGCACAUUUUAUUUAAACAAUUUAUAGUAACGUCCAUCAUUUAACAGUCACGCUAUGAUUAUGAUAAAAAUAAAACGUCAACGCCAGAGAAUAACCAGUCUCGAUUAUCCGCUAAAACAGACUUCACUGGGCGUAUAAUCCACCCUGGACAAUACACAGCGUACACGCAGAAACUUAUACGAUGCAAGCAUAGCCCCUGUGUAUCUUUUAUUAAUCAAACAUGUUCUACACUGUCUAUUACAUGAGGUCAUGUCAUCACGUACUUCAGUCCGUAUUGCACGGUGUCCCGAUUACCGAGGUUCACUCUACGCAGGUCAUCUUGUAUAUAAUAAAGAUUGCUGUUUCUGCCUGUGUGGAGGGACAAGAUAGGAAGGAAGUGUCUUACUGUGAUAGGUCCAUAUAUUCAUCAUCUUCAGUUGGUUUAACGGUUAUUGUACGCUUGACAAAUGCUUGCUAUAGCAUCAUUGUAACCAGAGUUACUAAAACCGAGUUUGUGAGUGAGUUACAAGAUAACAUCACAUAAGCAUAUUUCAGCCAUAUAGUCAAUGAGUGAGUGAGUGAGUUUUAUGCCGCUUUUUGCACUUUUCCUGCCACACCACGGGUUGGACUUCAUUGUACACACGGGGGAAGUUGAACCCGCGCCUUCGACGUGACGAACGAACGAACGCUUUAACCACAUGGCUACCCCCACCCCUCGGGUAUAUAGCGACAUGUGACUUGUCUGUAUAAAUGAAUCGCAUCCAGAAUCACUCAAAUUAAAUUGAAAUGUCCCGUGUCGUUGUCACGUGAUAGAUUCGGGCGUGUUUGUGCCUGUGUUUGUAAAUAGUGACUUAUUUGUGACAUUAAACGUGAUUGGUGAACUUAUGCGGAUAUUCCUAGUGUUCACGUUGUUUCUGUAUAUGGUAUAAGUUGUAUAUGAUUGCACACAUUAAACAUUUUAAACAGA